GUCAUGUUCUGAUCUAUGAGCGUGUCCUUGAGCACAGUGCGAGUCAAGGCUUAUAAAAAGGAGCAGCCGGAGGAUUCGGACCUCAGAACCAAGUUACAGAACGGCAGAAUCUUCUCAUCACUUCAAUCCUCAUUUAUCAUCAAAACAGGUCCGGUGAUGGGGUUGAGGAUGGAGGCGUGUCCGGCAUGGCUGCUGGCUCUGGCGAUACUGUGUGCGAUCGGCAGCGAGGUGAACGCCCAGUGCUGGGAGAACGGACCCUGCAGAGACCUCAGUUCUGAGGAACAGAUUCUGGACUGUAUGAAGUUGUGUAAGUCUAAUCUAAAGAUGGAGUCUCCUCUGUUUCCGGGAGAGGGUCAUCUCCAACCUCUGCUGGAAUCGCUGACGGGUGAGAACCCUGCCGCUCUGCCCGACGAGGACGCUCCAGAGCCAGCAACACUGCGCGAGGACAAGCGCUCGUACUCCAUGGAGCAUUUCCGCUGGGGGAAACCCGUCGGCCGCAAACGUCGCCCCAUCAAGGUAUACACAAACGGGGCAGAGGACGAGUCGGCCGAGGCCCUGCCCGCUGAGAUGAGGCGCGAGGUGUUUGGCGGGGAGAAUGACUACCCCCUGGAGGACAGUCUGUUCAGCCCUUUUGACACCUUUGGCCCACAAGACAAGAAGGACGGUUCCUACAAGAUGAACCACUUCCGCUGGAGCGAGCCGCCCGCAAGCAAGCGCUACGGAGGCUUCAUGAAGUCCUGGGAUGAACGGAGCCAGAAACCUCUGCUCACGCUCUUCAAAAACGUCAUCAACAAAGACGGACACCAGAAGAAGGACCACUGAGGAACAUUAGAGCAACAUAAAAUACAGUGUAGAUAGUGAGAGAAAGAGAGAGAGAAAGAAAGAGAGGAUGGGUUUUUAUAAUUCUCACUUUAUAAUACAUUGAUAUUGAUUGAUAUUGAUAUAGCAGCACUAUUACACUGUACUACACAAUAAACAUCAUUGUACAUAGA